GGUUGCCAUGACAACAUGCCGACGCCCAUACCACCAGACAUUGGAGAACACAAAUUGUUUGAAGUCGAGAUCAAAUAUGGCUUUCUACAGUUAACAGAUGCCUUGAAGUUUCUUCACAAUGAUGUUCAUAUGGUCCAUGGUAAUAUAUCACCAGCAAGUAUUAUCUUGAAUGGUAAUGGAGCCUGGAAACUACCUGGAUUUGACUUUGUUAUCCCUUCCUCAUCACCACCUGAUCAAUCACUAAGUCACACGACUUUGUUAUCCCUUCCUCAUCACCACCUGAUCAACCAUAAGUCACAUGACUUCGUUUUCCUUUCCUCAUCACCACCUGAUCCACCACUGCGAAGUCUGAAUAUAUCUUUAUUAUCAAGCCUUCCUGAUGGUUUAAAAGAGUAUGUGAAGAUGUUACUAAGUACGACACCCACCAUCAGACCAGACGCUGAUCAACUCGGCAAGAUUCCAUAUUUUGAUGACGUUGGCGCAAUGACGCUCCAGUACGUUGACUCAUUGUUUCAACAAGAAAGCAAACAGAAAGCUCAAUUCUUCAAAGGUCUUCCAAAAGUAAUCUCAACUCUUCCCAAGAGGGUUGUGCAGCAGAGGAUACUACCAUGCUUGUGUAAGGAGUUCAUGAAUCCUGACAUGGUGCCGUUUGUCCUUCCCAAUGUACUGUUAAUCGCUGAACAAUGCUCUGAUCAGGAGUAUGUAAAGCUGGUCUUACCAAGCCUAAAGAAUGUCUUCAAGAUGCAAGAACCUGUUCAGAUUUUGCUGAUCUUCAUGCAACGGAUGACACUCCUACUGACCAAAACACCCUCAGAUGACAUCAAGAAUCAUGUUCUACCCAUGGUCUAUAGGGCAUUAGAAUCGUCUUCAGCACAGAUACAGGAGCUGUGUCUAAAUAUUCUACCUACAUUUGCUGGGAUGAUAGAGUAUAAUUCAAUAAAACAUUCCAUAGUCCCACGAAUGAAGAAACUUUGUUUGGAGACAUCCCUUCUGGCGGUUCGUGUGGGAUGUCUAGUGAGCCUGGGCAAGAUGCUAGAGCACAUGGACAAAUGGUUUGUCCUUGAUGACAUCAUUCCACUCCUUCUACAGAUACCUUCAAGAGAGCCGGCUGUUCUGAUGGGAAUCUUAGGUAUCAUCAAAGUGGCUAUGACCCAUAAGAAGCUAGGAAUCAGCAAGGAUGUCGCUGCCACUAAGUUACUACCAUUCCUCUUCCCACUCUCCAUUGAUAAUAACCUCAAUCUAAAUCAGUUUAAUGCAUACAUGUCAGUGAUAAGAGACCUCAUCAAAUUGGUUGAGAAGGAACAAAGAGUCAAACUGGAACAACUGAACGCUUUACAAGAAGAACAAAAGACGUCAGUGGAAUUUGCCCAGAAGCUACAAACCAGUCAAGGAAAUGGAGAUGUUCCAUUGUCAUUGAGAGGGGAGAGCAAUACUUCUGGAGGGGCAGGAAUUGACCAGAUGUUUGGUUUGGACAGUCACACAAACGGAAAGAGCAGCCCUGUGAUCGAGAAAUACUCCCCAUCCAGCUCUAUCAGCCAAGCAAACAGCUCCUCCAGCAAGAGACCAGACCCUGCUCCUGUACGUCCGUCCCAGGUCUCCCUGAGCUUGGAAGAGAAACAACGGCUUCAGAAGGAGCAGGAAUUCCAACAGAGAUUGAAGAAUCAGAAGGCAAUCCAGCCUGAAGAUGCUGUGAAGCAACCGUCAAGGUCUACUGCCAAGGAUCUGACGGGGUCACUGAUGGAUUCCAGGAGUAAGGGUCAAGGCCAGGCUGCGGGAGUGGACAGUGUGGGUAUGGGCACAAGGACAGGUGGAAGCGGAAACACUGGUCUUCUGUCGAGCGGGAUGAGCAGCAUGAACAGUUCACCUUACUCCCCAUCAGGUUCUAUGUCUGCAGGGAGUGCCGUUGGGACCGGGGGAAUGGGCCUUUCAAAUUCUUCCUUGCUCUCGCAGCCGGUCGGUAACGUGCCACAGAGGGUUCCUCAAAUGGGCCAACCGUCUCAAGCGAAAAAGAACAUUGACAUGUCACCGUUCGAUUCCCUCUUAGCUCCGUCCCAGUCGCAGAAGUCCAACAGGACGCUCAAUCAGAUGUCUUCGGCGAAUCCCGCACACCCUGCUAACCCUCCAAUGGGGCAGAACUCUUUCCAGAGACCUCAAGUUGGCAUGGCCCAGGCGACAUUUGGUAAGGGGUUGCAGGGAGGCAUGGGUCAGGGGUCAUUCGGAAACAUGAAUCAUCAAGGACAAGGUGCCUUCGGACAGCAAGGCAUGAUGGUAAAUUACGGCGGAGGUUCUGCGGGCACCGGUCAAAGAUUGUUCCCGGGGUCAACCAUGCAGCAACAAGGAACGGGAAUGGCUGCAGGAUUUGAUCCUUUCGCCAGCACUGGUGCAACGAGUCAACAGAAGCAGAAGGCUGUUGGUGGGGACAACCUACUGGAUUUCCUAGGAUAG